AUGUCGGAAUCUCACACUCGGCCGGACUUGUCACGAUAUCGCCCGGUCCUCUACCUGCUCACGGGGGUUGUAGCCGCCUACGCUCUGGUCUAUGUGAAUAAUCAGCUUUUAUCAUCGUCAUCGUCGCAAUCAUCUCUUCGCCGUCGGAGAGCCGUUCGCCGCACGAGACGAAGUGAGCCCGAACAACCCGCGGCCGCCGACACGCCCUCCUCUCGCGCUAUUGCCCACCUAGAACAACUCGAACGCCAAAACGGGGUAUAUGGCACAUUCCGCAUAGAGACUGAAGAUGGACGUCGUGUGGAAAGCGGGCUGCUCCCGUCGCUACUGGCCACACGGGACCAGCUGAUGGAGGAAGUCGGGGUCCCUGAAGCGCACGCCGAGCGGAUGCGCGAAAUGAUGGAAGACACGUUUUUAGAGUCCUUUCUAGCUCUAGACUUCCCACCGACACAUAUGUUAAAUGACGGGAGUCCGGAGCGGGAAUACUUGACCGAGCAGCUGCAGCAGCGAGGGAUCUCUCGCGCUGGUAUCGAGCGGGCAUUAACCCGGUUCAACGAGGACAACAAUUACGGAGAGGAACUACGACGGCGUCGGCAGAAUGGCGAGCGAGUCACAUUAUCCACGUCAACCUUCCCGGAUGAAUCUUCUCCUGCGAUCAACAUGGAUGGCGGCGAGACGGUGGUCGACGAUCAGAGCGUCUUUUCGUGGCGCGACGGCAACAACGAGACUUCUCCGACGCGCGAGGGCCAGAACCUGCUCAACUUACUUUACCACAUUGCGGAGGACCAGGCCCGGCGAGAUGGAUAUAUCCACAGAGGAGUGACGUGCAACAGCUGCGGAGCCAUGCCCAUCCAAGGCAUUAGAUAUCGCUGCGCGAACUGUAUCGACUACGACCUCUGCGAGACAUGCGAAGCUAUGCAAGUACACAUCAAAACCCACCUUUUCUACAAGGUCCGAAUUCCAGCGCCGUUCUUAGGGAACCCUCGGCAGUCCCAGCCCGUCUGGUACCCAGGCAAGCCAUCCAUGCUUCCACGCAGCCUACCUCGUUCUCUGGCAAAACGUCUCAUGAAGGAGACCAAUCUUGAGAACACGGAACUUGAUGCACUCUGGGACCAGUUCCGUUGCCUCGCAAAUCAUGAAUGGAUCGAUGAUCCGAAUAAACUAUGCAUGGCGAUCGAUCGCAAGACGUUUGACCGGUGCUUUGUUCCCAACACCUCGAUCCGCCCUCCCCCACCUAGUCUCAUCUAUGACCGGAUGUUUGCAUUUUACGAUACCAACGGCGAUGGUCUAAUUGGGUUUGAGGAGUUUCUCAAAGGUCUCGCCAGCCUAAACAAUAAGAGUAUUGAUGAAAGGAUGCGCCGCGUGUUCCGUGGCUACGAUAUCGAUGGUGACGGUUACGUUGAAAGGAAGGAUUUCCUACGGGUCUUCCGCGCCUACUAUACCCUCAGCAGAGAGCUGACCCGUGAUAUGGUCGCCGGUAUGGAAGAUGACUUCCUGGAAGGCGGCGCACGAGACGUCGUUCUGGGAAUGCAACCCAUCAGUUCUGCGUUCCCUGGCAACAUUCCCUCUGGCGAAGCGUCCAGAACUGGAGAAGGAAAGCGCAUGAACUCGGAAGGGGACAUGGAUAUUGUAGAUAACGAAGGCGUGUUAAGGCCCGAUGGCACUGACACCGGGAAUCGACACUCGGUCGUUGGGGAUUCUGCCGUUCGAACCAGGUACGGCAGUGUGCGCCCGUUGUUUCCGUCUGUACGGCUCUCGACGCCUACUGGACCCCGCGCCUCGGUCAGAAGAAGUGAAAAUUUCGAUCACGGUGAUGAUGGCAGCUCUGACGAUGCGUCCAGCUCGUCGGUGGCCACCGACCGCUGGCCUCCCGCUGAGCACAUUCUUGAGGAAGAUGUUGUCAGGGCCCUUGGAGCCCCUGUUCCCCUUGAGGAAGUCACAGACCCGGUCGACAGAGCUCGCAUCGACACGGCCGUGUACAACCGGAUGUACGAUGAUGACCAACGACAAGUGAAUGACGUCCGUCGGCACGGUAUUGAUGAGCGGUGGCGACGAAGAGCGUUCUACACCGACGAAGAAGACGGGGCAGUAGCUCCAGAAGGCUACGAAACUGAUCCUGAAACUGACCCUGAUGAUGAGGAGGCACUUGAAGAUCAUUUUGAAUCUCACCCGCCAUCCCCGCGGUCGCGUUCAUCCUCCAAAGUCCGCUUCCAGGACGACCUUACAGAUGACUACGACGUGCGAUCCAAUCCGUCCACGUCGUCACGGAGCAUAUUGGUUGGAGAGAGGUGGGGAGGUUUCGAAGUUCCCGAGGUUGAAAAGGAUGUAGGAAAGGAGAUUCUCUAUCAAGUCACCCAGCAGGGAUUCAACGAGUUAUUGGAUAUUCUCUUCAAACCCAAGGAAGACCUGCUCAUGGAAGCCUACAACACCCGCGCUGAGCGCAAGUUCUGGGCCCGCGAAAUUGAGCUAGCCGCGCAGCGUCCCGAAAAUCAAUUUGACCAAAUGUUGAAGCGGGAAGAGAAGGAAAAGGUGGAGGAAGAGAUCAAGGAAACCGAAGACGAUGAGAAGAAUCCAUUCAGCGAUCGACCGCUUGAGGAGCUCCUCGACCGUGCAGGAUAUUCUAUCCGCAGCCCCCCUCUUCAGCCUCUGCGAGACAGCCCUAUAUUUGCUCCUCGAUCCCCCGAGUUGCGUCUACCGGACGACAACGUACGACCGACACACCUCGCCCAGCCUGACGAGGUGGAGGAAGAGGACGACGAAGAUGACGAAGAGGAUGCAGGGAGCGAGGGCGCCGAUCGACUUGGCUCUAACCCACUUGAGCCACAAGCCAAUGAAUUGGCAGUGCCCCCUGCUACAUUCCCACCAGGCUCUCUUACAAUGGAAGGGAGACAGCCUCCGGUCGUGGACAUAGACUUCGAUCCUACGCUGCCGCACCACCGUCCCAACGAGGACGCUCUAGAUGCCUAUGACUCCGAUUCGUCCUCGGUGCACACCAUCUUUGACGACGUCCAGCAGCACAACCUUCCCCCCGAGCUCCGCUUCCCACCCCAGGGUCCGACCUCCUUCUUCGGAACCUCGUCAGCACCCGCCUCUCUGGCCGCGUUCUCGCCCGAAGCCGAGGCCACGGCGCCCAAAAGCUCCCCUUCGCCCAUCCAACCUCUCCCACCCACCGCCAGUCCAUCGCCUCCCCGCCGAACCGGACCCACGCAACCUCCCUCCCAGCUGACCCUGGCACGGUGGGCAUACCUGAAUUAUAUCGAGCGUCAAGCGCACCUGCGCGGCGGCAGCGGGGCCAAGCUGAACUUUGACGAGUUCUCGCGGCGCAUGGGAGCUGAUCGAGGUCGUCGGUUAGCUUUUGUCGCCAGCUGGAUCGAAAUGGCCAGUUUUUGA